AAAUAAAAACAAACUUUUGAUAUCAAACAUUUAAGGUUGAAAUAUGUAUUGUUUUAUUCAAAUUUGAAUUAUUUUUUAAGUAUUUAAUAAAGACUUUAUCACUUAGAAGAACGAAGAACAAUAGUAAAGUGUAGACGUACUUUAAAAUGUCUUCAGCGAUGUUAACAGCGGACUGGUUUUUACUAGGUAGAGACUUGUAUUUUAGGAAGUUUGAAAUCUAUUCCAUGGGCUGGCAACAGGAUGUUAACAUGGACAAUGUUAUUGCUUCUGUAGCCCCUUGUGGAGGAAUGAUUGCUAUCAGAAGGGAUGAGAAAAAGAUUGUUAAAGUAAGAAGAUCUGGAAAACAAGUUAUUGCUUUAUAUUCUGGUUCUGGUAGACUUAUAACCUCACUGAAGUGGACACGUGGUCCAAUUAUUAAAAUGGGUUGGUCAACUGAUGAAAAAUUUAUUUGUAUCCAAGAGGAUGGGCAAGUAGUCCUUCAUGAUUUUGAUGGUGCUUUUUUAAAUGAAUUUAGUAUAGAUCAGGAGGCACAGGAUAUGAAAGUAAUUGAUGCCAAAAUAUUUACUAAUCCUCAAAAUUUUACUGGAAUAGCUAUAAUGACAUCAAAUUAUAAAGUAUUUUUAGUUAAUAACAUUAAAGAACCAAAGAAAAGACAACUUUCAGAACUUCCAAGAUCUAAUUUAAAGCCUACUGCAUGGGUAGUAAUUUCAGAUGAUAGAGCUACAGAUGUUCUUGUUGCUCGAGAAAAAGAAUUGUACAUUUUAAAGCAAGAUGAACACCAUACAUCUACAAUGUUGGAACCAGAUAUUUCCCACAGUUAUUCAUCAAUAUUAGAAAUGGCAGUGUCGAUAAACAUAAGACAUGUUGUAUUAUUUACAAAUGCUGGAUAUUUGUGGUUGGGUUCUUCAGAUUUCAGAACAAAAUAUAGUGAAGUAGACACAUCAAUAGUUUACACACCAAGGCAACUCGUUUGGUGUGGAACAGAAGCAGUUGUUGCAUUUUGGGAACAGCCUAGCACUUUAAUGGUGGUUGGUCGUUACGGGGAAAAAACUUCAUAUGUUUACGAUACUUCGGUACACUUGGCACCAGAAAUAGAUGGUGUUAGGGUUCUAUCCACUGCUCAGCACGAACUGCUACAGAAAGUUCCCGAAGUUGUUCAGAAAAUCUUUAGAAUUAAUAGCACAGACCCAGGAAGUUUCUUAUUAGAAGCUUGUAAACAAUUUCAGAAAAGAAGUCAUCGAGCUGAUGAGUAUAUUUGUUUGGUAAAAAAGGAUUUGGAAGUUGCUGUUAAACAGUGCAUUGAAGCAGCAGGAUAUGAGUUUAAUCCUGAUGUUCAAAAAAUGUUGAUUAGGGCUGCUCAGUUUGGAAAAUGUUUUGUACAAAACAUUGAUUCGGAUGAAUAUGUAAAGAUGUGCAGAUUAUUAAGGGUUUUAAACGCAGUCAGAGAUAGAAAAAUUGGAUUACCCCUAACUUAUACCGAAUUGUGGUUUUUGGGUCAAAAAGCUCUUUUAGAUCGAUUGGUUUCCAGAAAACAGUAUUAUUUGGCUAUUCAAAUUGCAAAAUAUUUAAAAAUGCCUGAUAAGGAAGGAAGCAGUAGAAUUUUAGCUCACUGGGCUAAAUACAAGGUACGUCAGCCACAUCUUGAUGAAGAAACAGCAGCAAGAGAAAUAGCCGACAAGUUCGGUUAUACACCCGGUAUUUCUUACAGUGAUAUUGCUUCUACAGCUGCAGAAUGUGGAAAAAAGAAAUUGGCUAUAAAACUAUUGGAUUAUGAAACAAAGGCCAGUGAACAAGUAAAACUUCUUUUGAGUCUAGAUGAAGUUACACCGGCCCUUAUAAAAGCAAUGGAGAGUGGAGAUACGGAUUUGGUCUACAUGGUUAUAAUACGAUUGAGGAGUAACAUGCCUCUUGCCGAUUUUAAAAUGACUAUAAGACAUUUUCCGGUCGCAAAAGCGCUAUACAUUAAGUAUAGUCGACAGCACAAUACACAGGCCUUAAACGAAAUUUAUAUACAGGAAGAUGAUUUCAAUUCACAAGCCUAUUUGCAUAUUCUCGAAUAUAUAGAUGAUAAAAAAAAUUUGACUAAAGACGCAUCCUUAAGUGCAGCAUAUGAAGCGUUUAAAAGAGCACGCAACGAGCUGGGAAUGACCGUUUGUGAAGAAAAUUUAAAAUUGCUCAAGUACCAAAGAAAUUUAGAAGAUAAAUAUAAAAAUAGAAAUGGCAGUUUUCUUGGGAAGUCGGUACAUGAAACGUGCAAAAAACUUUUGGAAGUCGACCCUAAAGAAGCUGAAAAAAUGAGAACAAAUUACAAAAUACCAGAUAAGCGGUUUUGGUGGUUAAAGAUACUUAACUUUUCGGAUUCUGGGAAAUGGGAAGAAUUAGAGAAUUUUUCUAAGCUGAAAAAGUCGCCGAUUGGAUACGCCCCAUUCGUUGACGUAUGUUUAAAAUGGGAUAAACAAUCAGAAGCAUUGAAGUAUCUCCCUAAAGUUAGUGAUGAAGUCAAAGUUAAAUAUUACGUGAAAGCUCAAUAUUUAGAACAAGCGGCACAAAUAGCUUUUGAACAAAAAGACAUUCAAGCUCUUAUUUAUGUUCAAAGUCGAUGCAAUCCUCAAUCGCAAUUGGUGGAAAAAAUUAAUCAAUUUAUGACUCAACUAGGGGCUAAAAAGUAAUCAAUUAUUAUUAACAAAAAAUAUUAUAAUCUAAAGAAAUGUGAUUAUUCUGUUAAUUUAUCUAAACAUAU